AUGUGGAGAAGAGUUUCUUUCCAAGAAGGACCCCAAAGUGGUACUGAUCAUGAAAAAGCCACGAGUACUGGUACUGCAGCUGCUGAAGAAUUCAGGUUUAUUAUUUCCAAGAAAACUGAAAGUUCUGAUCAAGAAGAUGCCAAGAGUACUAAUAGCAGUGUUGAUGAAUUUUUAAACCCGCUUGGCAUUCUUUUACCUAAGAAAAAGAGGAGAAUGACUGAACAAAAGUUUGUCAAGAAAAACCAUCAUUAUAUCAGUUCUUAUCGAGAUGGUUUGAAAUUAAAGAUCGAAAGGAGGGUCGAGGAGAGAGAGCAUCAAAGAAAAGAAAGAAGAUGGGAAGGGUAG